UAUUGAUGAUGUCACUUAAUGCUGACGCUGUUCUUCGACAGAAAUAUCCCACCGUUAGCUAUAGUGCGGUCCUGUAAUCAUACAUUUAUUCAAAAUGAGUACUAUGUUCGCAGACACAAUACUUAUUGUCUUCAUAUCUGUUUGCACUGCGUUAUUGGCUGAAGGUAUAACAUGGGUUUUGGUAUACCGCACUGACAAGUACAAGAGGCUCAAGGCUGAAGUAGAAAAGCAAAGUAAAAAAUUGGAGAAGAAGAAAGAGACAAUUACAGAAUCUGCUGGUCGUCAACAGAAGAAAAAAAUAGAGAGGCAGGAGGAGAAACUCAAGAACAACAACCGAGACCUGUCAAUGGUCAGAAUGAAGUCAAUGUUUGCCAUUGGUUUCUGCUUUACAGCACUAAUGGGCAUGUUCAAUUCCAUCUUUGAUGGGAGGGUUGUAGCAAAGCUUCCGUUUGUUCCCCUGUCCUAUAUCCAAGGCCUUUCUCACCGCAACCUUCUGGGUGAAGAUUAUACUGACUGCUCAUUUAUCUUCCUGUAUAUCCUGUGCACCAUGUCUAUUAGACAGAACAUCCAGAAGAUGCUGGGUCUGGCACCAUCUCGGGCUGCCACCAAACAAGCUGGAGGCUUUUUGGGACCCCCUCCACAAGCUGCAAAGUUCUCAUAAUAUUAUUAAGCAGUAUGCUCUGUCUCUUGUUUUGGUUGCAGAAAUGCUUUGGACAGACUUGAUGCAACCAAACUCACUCUUGACAAAAGAGAAAACAAUAUUUAAAUGCAGCUACCACUGCCUGUGGUGACCUCACUGUAUAUAUGUUUUUUCUAUGUUUAGAUUUGGCUUAAUGAUUUUAUAACUAGAAUGUUUAAAUGAUGGCAAAAACCUAACCUUUUCUUUUCCUUACAUUUUGUUGGUAAAUUAAUCUUCUUUUUUUUUUUUGCUUGCAUACAUUUUGAAAAAAACAGCUACAUUUAGAAUAUUAAUCAGUAGUAUAAAUUGGGUCACCUGUUACCAAUCCCAAGGAAAAAGACAAUUCUUUUAAAAUACUUUGAUAUUAGUUAUUUUAAAUGUUAAAUGAAAAAUUAUGUAUUUAACAGUGUCUUGAAAUAUGAACGAUAAUAGUGCUGUAUUAAAAUAGAACAGUAUUAGAAAUGAUUUCUUCCAAACAUCUGACAUUUUAAAUGCCACAUACAGGUUUCUGUUAUUCUAAAAAUAAUUCCAUAACUUUAAAAUAAGUUUUCCUGCUCAAUGUUGGACCAUACAGACUUUAUAUAUUAUUGAAUUGUUUUAUAUGGGGUCCCCAAGGACAGGAAAACUGUACUAGUUCCCAUAGGCUUUGGCAUCAUGUUUGUAGGCUUUUACAUAAUUUCAAACUACAUGCUAGAGUUAAGAAGGAGCACUGACCUGGGAAAAUGGGGUAGGAGUCAUCGAAUGUUUUCAUUUUAAUUUGAGUACUUUGGUUAUGCAAUACAAAUUCCGGGUUCUCUGGGUCACCACAUGACUGCACUAAAUAAUGAUCAGAUUGUGGGCAUUCUCUUUUGUUAUAGUUUCUAGAUUAGUGACCUGACAAACUGCUACGCUUUCUCCAUUUUCUUAUUUUAUUUGAAAUGAAAGACUAAUUAUUGGUAAGGAAUUUAUUUAUGCACACACAUGAACAUGUGUCCUAGAAUGAUUAAAGGUUAAAUUGUAUGGAAUCUAUUGCUGUAAUUUUUGCUUUUGUAAUUGUUUUAUGGUGAUCAUGCUUGGUGAAUAAAAAUGGUACAGGUGUCUCA